UCCCGACCUCAACCGGACGCCUAGAAGCGGUGACUCCUGCCCGGGCGCGACACGGAAGACGCGCCAGUGCCGGAGGAGAGCAUGCCGCAGCCCCGCAUCCUGUUCGACGAAAUGGCGCCGCCUGCCCCGACGAUGGACGACCCGGUACGUGAGCUCUGUCAAUGUGUGCGAGUGCCCUGUAUCAUGCGUCUGAUGUUCCGGUCGUUCGUAGGACUAUUGGAAGGACCGCCAUGAUUCAGACAUCCAGGAAAUUAUCUACGGUGGCGGCUUCGUUCGCGAUGAUCGGGCCUGGACAGGCGUGCAUGAUGACUGGCCACCAACGCAAGAUGCAGAGGACAUCGAGACUGCACGGCUGUUCGGCACCCAGCAGACGCAGCCAACACCCGUGUGCGUGGACGACUUCGACGACGCGCCAACACAGCCUAUCCCCACGGACAUUGCCACCAAGAAGAAGGGGGAGAGCCGCAGGACACAAGGCUUCGUCGACGACGAGGACAAGUGUUUGUGUGAAGCGUGGCUGACUGGCUGGCAACGACCCAAGAUUGUAUCAAUGCCGCCCAGCAAAAGGGCAAGGUCUAUUGGGCCAAGAUCUUGCAGCAGUACAACGAGACCAGGAUGCACCCGCCCUACCAUAUCACAGGCCCUCGGACGGAAGAGUCCCUCCGGAAAAGAUGGAACUACAUCAAACAAGAGACUGCCAAGUUCUGCUCGGCGGUCGAACAUGCUAUUAACAACCCCGUAAGCGGCACUGGCGUCAUGACAGUGGUAUCCCGCGCCUUGCAGAAGUUCAGGGCGACGCACAAGAAGGGCUUCCAUAUGGUCCAUUGUUGGGAGGUGCUCACAGACAACAACAAGUGGAUGAUAAGCUUUGCGGCCUACAACGAAGCUGUGAGGAAUGGGACAGCGGUCAACCUCGACGGCGAAGACGAUGAUCAAGGUCGUCCAGUCCUUCCACCUCGUCCACGAGGCCACAAGGCUACCAAGGCCGAUCUCGUCCGGGAGGCGCAGGCCAUUGCUUUCACGCAGAGCAUGGAGAAGAUAAUGGCCGACAACCGUGCCGCCAUGGCUGCUAGGGAUGAGAAGAGGCGUCUGGAAAAAGAGGCCGCAGCUGCCAUCUACCAGAACCUCGCCAAGGAGGUCCUCGAUGUCCAAAGGCUGGACAUCGAGGCCAAAAAGGCAGACACCGAGGCCAAAUUGCGUGCAGAAGACACAAGGAUCAUGCUUGCCGACUUGAGCGGCGUCGACGACGACACCAGGGCAUGGUUCAUGAAGAGGCGCGCCGAAAUCCGCGCGCGAGACCCCUGAUCGCCGGCGCCGGCGCCAUGCGCCCAGCACCUUGGCCUCCUUUUGGACUUUUUUUUUAUUGUUGUUCAGACCUUGUUGUGCCUCUUUUGCUCCACUUUGUGCCGUACGAGCUGCAAAGUGUGAUGAACUUGUUUCAGCCCUCAAUUUGCGGCUGUAAUUUCGUGCAAAGUCGACGCUAUUUCAUUGUUUUUUGAAUUCUGGCCUGCGCCCAAAAUACGUCACCCCGCUGGAGCCAACCCCAGACGCAAACGGACACACGGCCAUUUCCCUGUCCGCCAGGCGACGCAAACGGACGCCCGUGGACAAUUUGGACGUCCGAAAUGCGUCGCGCCGCCGGAGAUGCCCUUACCUCGAAAGAAAAAAAGAAAAAAAGGCAGACGCCUGGCUGCAAGGUCGCUCCGACCAGAAAAGAAGUACAUACCACAAGGCGUCAGGCUGUUGCCGAUCAUACGCAGGCGCAUCA